AGAUAUCUUUGCAUUGCAGUCGCCAUCGUGUGACUAUCGAUUCCCUGCCCCCACUACGCCUCGAUCACCACAAUUCAUCGACUUCUUGCUCGAAGCAAGCUACUCGGAGCUGUUCAAAAGGCCGAAGUUGAGGUUCCUACAUUGUACAAGAUGCAUUCUGCCUCGCCACUGCGCCAGGCCCUGCGACAAGCAGCCGUCGCUCGAAGAGCGGCUUUGCAAGUGCCGGCCGGGCCCGCCACUGCACAUGCGUCCGCCUCUUCAUCAUCGUACCUGCUCAGGAACCAAGCGCAGCGAGAUCUGCUGGCACAUGCUCCUGCACCGGGGCUACGGGCCUCAUCAUCACGGUGCUUCUCGCAAUGCGCGCGCGCCGCCAACAAAGAGGCAGCCGAAGGGAGCAAGCAGAGCGAGAAGGCGAACGAGGCUGCGUGCGAUGCCAAGAAUGUGUCCGAGGGAACGGCGAGCGGCGAGGCGCAUGCAGAGGUGGAGAAGCUCAAGACGGAACUGAAGGAGAAGGAUGCGAGGAUCAAGGAGCUUUCGGACGCAGUGCUUUACAGUAAGGCUGACCUUCAAAACCUGCAGCGACGCUCGGCGGAGGAGAAGGCAGCGGCGGGCGACUAUGCCAUCACACGAUUAGCCAAGGACCUCACCUCUUCCAUCGAUAUUUUGCAUUUGGCGCUCAACUCGGUACCCGAAGGUCUGCGCUCGGUGCCAGCAGCCGGAAACAGCGAGUCGCCAGAGGACUCGCGCAAAGCCAUCGCGGAGCUGUACAGCGGCGUGGACCUGACGCGCAAGUCGCUCCUGGAGAUGCUCAAAAUGCAUGGCAUCACCGCGUUCGACCCGACCGGCGAAAAGUUCAACCCACAGGAGCACGAGGCGAUGUACCAGGCUCCGGUGCCAGGCAAAGAGCCGGGCACCGUGCUAGAGUGUAACAAGGUCGGGUUCAGGAUCAAGAAUCGCCUGCUUAGAGCUGCACAGGUCGGCGUUGUCCAGGACAGCGCAUAGUUGGCUUUUCGAAUGAAGCAAAGCGACAAGGACCGCAUGGCUCUGGUUGCGGCCAUAUGCCAUUGCUCGCGCAUACUAGCUUCGUCACUAUGCUGUGUACACGACAUGCGGCGCAGACGGCGCGGCAAGCAGUUGCGCUACACAGGAAAAGAUGUAUAAUAGAACAUUACACAGAACACACCCCUCCAAUUCAGUACU